AUGUUGACUAAAUAUUUUAUGAAAGUAGUCGUGAGGUUCAAUCCAUUCGGCAAAGAAGCCAAGACUGCCAGACUGUUCCUUGGCUCAAUUCCACCCCAUCAAAGACAGCAAGGCACCACGAUCCAGAACAAACUACUGACUGAAGGGUCUUCAGAGAAGCCGCUGCUUAAAGUGAUAUUUAAAGACAAGAAAGAGAUGGAAGCUGACCCUACAACCAUGUCUUUCCAAGAAGUAUCAAAUCUAUUUGAUAGACAUUCGAAAAAACUAGCAUUGAAGGAGACCAUCGAGAAACAAUAG